AUGUCGGCCAGUAGAAUUGCUCAAGCCCCAGCUACCCAAAUGGGCUAUAAAGCUGAACUGGUUCGAAGAAUUGGAGAGGUUUUCAAAAUGGAACCAUUUAAUCUGGAUUCUACUGCAGGAGUGAUGAACGUACCACAUUGGAUUCAAGAUCAUGAUUACUGUGUUCUGGUAUCGGCUAUUGAUAUGUUUUUCAGAAAAUUCCCAAACCACAAAUUCGAAAAAUAUCGAGCAUGUACGUUAGGUACAUUCUUAAAAGAUUGUGUAGUCAUAACAUCCCUGAACCAGGCAGCACAGUGUCUUUCCAUUGAACCAGGUGUCUUGCUCCAAUAUGUAUUCAGCAAAGAUAUCGCUGAUGAUGUCAGACGGCUUAUCGGAGGGGGGCCGCAUGAAGAGAAGAAUGUUGAUCACUCAUACUUCCAAUAUAUGAGGGAAAUGAAUCUAAUACCUCGAUCUCCAUAUUCGGCAUCGAUCAAUCCCAACCUUUUUACUUGGUGUCAAUUCAUUGGGACUCAGUUCAGAAAAUGGAAACUCUCCAGAGAAAAACUCGUGAGACACUGGGAAAGUACCCUUAAAACUCUCAAUGUUUUUUGGGAAAUCUGGAGAACCGAAUAUUUAACUAGCCUCAGAGAACGCACGCAAAGGGAAAUUACCUCAUCCAAAGGAGCACAAAAAAGAACUCCAAGAAACGGAGAGAUUGUACUCUUAAAUGAAUCGGGAAUUCCAAGAGGAAUGUGGAAAUUAUUACGGAUCAAGGACAUCAAAAUCGAUAAAGACGGUAAAGUUAGGAACGUUCAGGUGGAAACUCCCACUGGGAAACUUCUCGAUCGUCCAAUAAAUGUCUUAUAUCCUCUCGAAGUUAAUGAUGAAGAAAUUCAUCUUGAACCUAAUAAGAAAGAAAAUAUGAAAAUUCCGGAAACCGAACAGAACACUGAGGAGCUCCAGGAACCUAUUACGAUGCGAACUAGGAGCAAUACAAAACGACAAUCUCGAUUAAAGGAGGACCAAACAACUAUCACCGCACCAUCAUCAGAAACCUGUAGAGAUUUACACGAUCAAAAACAGAUCAAUGGAAGUAAACAACCCCCACUUUCUUAUGAACCCCACGCAUUACCCACCUUUUCUGGUCGGGAGUGUCGUGAAAGACGAAAUAUUUAA